CUCAGUUAGCUGGUGUGUAAACUCAGUAAUCCGAAUUAGAGCCUCUGGUGACCAUCUGCUGUCUGCAGGCUCCGCGCACUACUUUGUUACUGCAUUCACCUCAGCCCGCCCCCUUGGUGUGUGUGUGUGUCUGUAUGAGUGUGUGUGUGUGUGUGUGGGUAUUGCCUACCGGGCGGAGUAAUUCGUGUUGGUAUCUAUUGAGUACAUGUGUGUGUGAGUGCGUGCUACGGCUGCUGCUUGUCACUCAUUGUGCCGUGAACACGGGUAGCGACAAGGACCAAAAUUCCGUCCGGUAGCAGUUGUUGUCCCUGGAAAGGCUGAUAUCUGCCCCCCCCCCCCUCUCAGUAGAGACACCUCGCUUGUUUAAAGUGCGUCUGCUUCUUCAAGGAGAAUAUCUGUGACACAUUACAAUGCUUCAAAUAGGGGACCUCAUCUGGGGAUUGCUAUUCAUUGGCUGUGCAGCUGCCAUCCAGGUGCAAAUCACUCCAGCACAAGGAGAGAUCAGCGUAGGAGAGUCCAAGUUUUUCCUCUGUGAAGUGUUGGGAGAUGUAAAAGACAUAGACUGGUACGCCCCCAGUGGCGAGAAGAUCCUCCCCAACAGGCCAGACAUUUUUGUGAGCCGUGGCGAUGAAACCAUGUCAACCCUCACCAUAUACCACGCCAACGUGGACAGUGCUGGUAUCUACAAGUGUGUGGCAAAGAACGGGGACAAGGAGGCCCAGGCCACAGUCCAAGUGAAGAUCUUUCAAAAGAUCACCUUCGAGAGUGCUCCCACCCCGCAGGAGUUUAAUGAAGGCGACGAUGCCGACAUAGUCUGCAAUGUGGUCAGCUCGCCGCCACCCACCAUCAUUUGGAAGCACAAGGGCUCCAGGAUCCAAGUUGCCAAAGAUGUGCGAUUCAAGAUCAUGGAUAAUGGCCACCUGCAGAUCCGCGGCAUCAAGAAGACAGAUGAGGGCAUGUACAACUGUGAGGCUCGUGUCAUGGCCAGGGGAGAAAUUGACUUCAGGAUGAUCAGGGUCGUUGUUAAUGUGCUUCCCACCAUCCGUGCCAGGCAGUCAGAGGUCAACGCCACAGCAGACAUCAGCAGCUCUGCCUUGUUAGCCUGUGAUGCGGACGGCUUCCCUGAACCCACCGUCACCUGGGCACAUAACAACAUUGUCCUUGAAACGGGUGAUAAGUACAGCCUGAACGAGGAUGGCUCAGAAUUGGUAAUAAAAGAUGUCAAGAAAGUGGAUGAAGGAGAUUACACCUGCAUCGCCAAGAACAAGGCGGGAGAGAAAGCCGAGGAAGUCAGCCUGAACGUGUUCGUGCAACCUAAGAUCACCUACCUGAAUAACCAGACUGCCUCAGAGUUUGACGAUCAAGUCACCCUGACCUGUGAGGCUUCGGGCGACCCCACACCCACCAUCUCCUGGAGUUUCGAUAACAGGGUAUUGACCGAAGGAGAGCAGGCUUCUUGGACGCGACCAGACAAAUAUGAGAGCCUUGAUAGAAACAUUGUGGUACGCAGCCACGCGCGGGUGUCCUCUCUCACCUUGAAAAAUGUCCUCUUCACGUAUGCCGGCCAGUACCUCUGCACCGCCAGCAACUCCAUUGGCCAGGACGACCAGCACAUGUACCUGGAAGUCCGCUAUGCUCCAAAGAUCCUGGGUCGAGUGACAGUGUACACGUGGGAGGGGAACCCAGCCAACAUCAGCUGUGAGGUUGAGGCUCACCCCGGAGCCUCAGUGGUUUGGUUUAGAGACGGCUUCCAGCUGCCCUCUGCCAACACCACCAACAUGAAGAUCUACAACACACCGACCAUCAGCUACCUGGAGGUUACCCCUGAUUCUCAGAAUGAUUUUGGGAGCUACAACUGCACAGCAACCAAUGUGAUGGGCUCUGAGUCCAAGGAGUUCCUUCUGAUCCAAGCAGACGUGCCAUCAUCGCCAGAAAUUACGCUAGUGGAACCUUUCUCCAGCACCGCAGUGGUGAAGUUUGAGGAGCCUGACUCCAUGGGUGGAGUGCCCAUUAUCAAGUACAGAGUGGAAUGGCGUUUGCCUGGCCAGGAUUGGAUUGGCAGUGAGCACAAUGCUAAGGACGACAUGACCACGAUCACCAUUGUUGGCCUGAAGCCAGAGACCACCUAUGAGGUCAAGAUGUCAGCCAUCAACGGCAAGGGCGAAGGCGAGAGCAGCCCGGCCAGGACUUUCAAGACCGAGCCAGUCCGGUAUUCUUUCACAAUUUCAUCAGAGGUCCCACCCCCUAUUGCUGCCACCAGUAUGGCCCGUAAAGGGGAACCCAGUGCCCCCAAACUAGAAGUCAAGAUGCAGGACAGGGGCAAUACUCUUAAGGUCAACUGGAUCAAGCAGGAUGAUGGCGGUUCCCCCAUUAAACACUACCUGGUCAGAUACAAGGCUAAGCAUGUAUCUGACUGGAAACCAGAGAUCCGCAUUCCCCACAACAGUGAGUACGUGACGCUGAGCGGCCUGGACUGGAAUACAGAGUAUGAGGUUCACGUGGUGGCAGAGAAUCAGCAGGGCAAGUCGGAGCCGGGCAUCAUCUCCUUCAGAACAGCUGUAGACCCCACUACCAUCCCAGAUGCCAUGGACGGGGGCUCAGGCCUGGGCACCGGCGCCAUCGUAGGCAUCCUCAUUGUUGUCUUCUUCCUGCUGUUGGUGGGCGUGGACGUCACCUGCUACUUCCUCAACAAGUGUGGACUCCUCAUGUGCAUUGCUGUGAACUUCUGUGGAAAGGCCGGGCCGGGUGCUAAGAGCAAGGACAUUGAGGAGGGCAAGGCGGCAUUCACGAAAGAUGAGUCUAAGGAGCCCAUUGUUGAGGUGAGAACAGAGGAAGAACACACCCCAAACCAAGAAGGAGGUGGUCCCACUGAGCCCAACGAGACCACGCCUUUGACAGAACCUGAGCCUGCCGCUGCAGACACCACCUCCACAGUGGUAAACUUGCUCCCCUCCACUGCCACUAACUCAGUUGCUGAGAGCUUUAGCACGGCGCAGAGCAGUCCUGCUAGUGAGAGCACCACGCUAACCACCAGCGCCUCCAGCCCAACCAAAGCUGCCCCUGCCAAGUCCCCUCCCAAAAACAGUUCUGCUGCCCAGUCCAGUUUGCUUAAUGCUAACACCCAAUCUGAUGUUGGGCCCCUGGUCGACCUGAGCGACACCCCUAAAGUUCCCAACCCAGCACCCCCUGUCUCAGAGCCAAUCAGCCCACCCUCUGCUAGUGCUGACGGGCCAAAGAGCCAGCGUGACCCAGUCAAAGCCCCUGACAGCACCCUGAGUAAGGACUUACAAGUAGACGGCCCGGCCAAGGAGGCACCCAAUGCCCUGUGCACAGACUCGUCCACACCAGCCCAAAAUGACGGUAAGACUGUGAAGGAUGAUAACACUAAAGGCGAGACGGAGGUGAAGAACGCCACAGCCGAGGUGAAGACAGUUCCCAACGAGGCUCCCCAGACGAACGGCAACGAAAGUAAAGCGUAAUCUCCUCACCCAAGAGUAGCGGGAAGAAGAAGGUGGUCGGGUGGUUGGGUUAGGAAGGGUGGUCGGGUGUGGGGUUAACAUGGGGUGGGGGGGGUCACAGUCACUGAAACCUCAAAGCAAUGUCACACACCACCCCAUUGCAUCAGAAAAAAACCACAACAAAAAAACAACAGAAAAGCUUAAAAAAAGAAUUCAUGGGUCUCUUUCUACAGUGUCUUCUGACCAGGAAAAUGUAAAGACCUCAUGCACAUGCCUUAGUUCCUCUUACGACAGUUUCUAUUUGUUCAUCUGUCACAGAAAAAAGGAAAGUUAAUACUUAUAGCUCACCCUCAACUAUUAAAUAUGGAAAAGAAUCUAUACUAUUUUCCUGUAGAUAACCAUGGUUGGACUGUAGCUUUAUUUCACAGAUUACUGCCCUCAUGAUGUACACACAUGUAAGACUGGUACAUUACCAAUACUACUGUUCUUUAUGCAGUAUGGUCAUCAUCGUGGUAAUGGAUUAUGGGUCUUUCUUUCUUUGUCGAUAUUUUGUUGUGUUUAAAUAAUGUGCAGACGUUACUGCCUAUUUAGCUUUUUUAAUGUGUUAUUUCCAGGGCUAGAGAUUAGAACAUUAGCAUGCCUGUUUUUGCAAAGUUACUGUAUUUCUGUACAUGUUGCUGUCAUUUGGUUACUCUUUAGAUGUUUUUUUUUUUUUUUCUUAAAUGUUGUCUCCAUAUGGUUCUGGUCCAGAAAUCAUUUACACUAAGCUAUGGGAAACAGAAGAAGACACCGGAGAAAGAUUUAUCAUGCUUUUAAAGUCAAGGUUCAGAGCUUUCAACCGUGUCUCCCUAAAAAUACUGUUUAUGUAUAUUGGCAAAUGGUUUCGGGUAAUACAUUAUGAAAGGAACCUCACUGCCAAGUGAACCUUGUGUUGCUUUUAAAAAUGUUGAUAGAAACUGGAAUCUAGAUGACAUUAGGCUUCUUUCAAAAUGUAUUUGCAGUUGCAAAUUUGCUGUAUAAGAGCAUCAUUUUUAGGAGACAGGGUUGGGUUGGGUUAAGGGUAAGGGAAUAGUCAUGUUACUGCUGUGUUCCUUUUCAGGGGCCACGUCCCUCAAAGUCCAAUUUGCUAGACAGACUACACUGUAACAGGGGUUCUGGGUCUGGUGCACAUCUUGACAGCAGCUUUAGUCCAGCCCAUGGUGCUGAUGGGCUAAUCAUUAAUCCCCCCCCCCCCCCGUGGUGUUCAUUGGAUUGAUUCCUUUUCAAUCAAGACGCCUCUGUUUCAUGUCACAGUGCCAGAUUAAUUAGGCAGCUUGGUGGAGUGGGCAGAUUCAAAGGUGUGGACCCUGGCUACUAUCUUGCCUAAGUUUUCUCCCUGGGUCCUUGGAGUCUUUAGUAUCCUCACAUCUACCAAUUACUUUUUCAUACUGCUUUCAGUCCUUUAACUCGCUUAGUCUUAAAACAACCAUGUGACCAAAUAUACCAGUUGUAUUCACUUGAUCACUGGUAUGUACAUAUAUGAACGGGACCAAUGACAAAGGAUGUUGUGGGGUGUAAAAAAAAUGAAAGCAUAGCCUUUGAAUUAACUGAUGCUUCUCUAAAGUAGCCAUGUAGUUAAAGUUAAAUAAGUUACAUGGAUAGAUUCACCAGCAACAUGGUACGAUGAUUGCCAGUUAUCCACUGUGUCUAAAUGUGAAACAUGGAACUAUCCUGGGUCGUGUAUGGGCAAAUCCUUGCUGGUUAUUUUUGACCUCAUAAGUUGAUGAGAACCACUCAGUAGGUGAUUUUAGAGGCAACAAGCGGGGACGCCUUUGCCCUUGUUGGCAAAAUGACCAAACUGUGUCUCCUAUGUUAACCUGCCAUCCCUCUCCAUCCCCGGAGUCCGGACCAAGAUGCGUCAUAUCCUGACCCAGACCUGUAACCAAUACAUUGAUUAGAAUUAUUAAGUUCUUCUUUGUUCUUUGAAGGAGGUGGCGCCUGUAAUGGAACACAGCUUAUUUGUGCGUUGUUAAUAUUGCCAAUUGGUUUUCUUUAGGUCAAUGUAAGAACACACCUUUAUCUCUUUCUCUCUCUCACGUACACCUGACCCUUUGCCAGUCUCCUUUUAACAUUUCGGACCAGUUCUCUACCUGACAGGUUUGGGGCUUAACAGUGACUCCAAAGGCCAUUUGUGUUUUGUCAAAACAAUUUCAGUCAGCAGGUUUGAACUGAGAAGUAGACAUGUUUGUUGAAAGAAAACAAGCCCUCGCAGGCUUGUUGGCCAAACUCGUUGAAUUCUUGACACACCAGUUCCCACUGCCUGUAAUUGGUCUCGAAUAUCACAUUCAUUUUUUUUUCCUUGGGGUUAACCAUCUUUACCUUCUUCUCUGGUUCAUAGCCAUUGUUGCCUUCUCUGUGCUAACCACUAUUGUUCACUGCUUAUGUAUAACUGAUCGGCCCGAGGGCUCAGCUUGCUGAGAUUUCUGCACCAAACAUCUGUUUCCCUCAGCCAUCGUUUCCUCUCUUUCACCACAACUGUUGUCAGUGCGAGUUUGUGUCAUCACUGCUUCCAUCAUCUUGCGGUUAAGUCUUUAAUUAGUUUGUGCCUGCAGUGAUGUGACAUGUAUUGUAGGUUUAGUACAGUUUAUCACUUUGAUCUAAAUUCACUCUAUCACUAUACUCUUAGCACAAGGUCCACUUACUGGAAAAUUUCUGGAAAUGAUUAAAUGAGCCACAGCUAGCAGAGAUAUUUUGUCUUUAUCUGUUGUGCCUGGUCAGAUAUUACAGGCACUCUUAAAACAGGAAAUUCAGAUUUGUUAAGUUGAGUAAAUAAUACAAAGCCACAAAGAGAACACACACAUUGUAUAGUGUUGUGUGAAAGGACUACAUUGACUUUCUUGGGCAGUUUACCCAGUAUCUGAGAGGACUGAUUGCAUGAUCAUUAUCUGGGUCUGCUGUAGACACUAUAUCUGUUCACUGUGCAUGUUGAAUACCCAACAGACAGCUAGCAAUACACUAAACUGAGUGUGGUGUUCUAGGCAGCUAGGAUUGCGCGGCUCGUCUAAGUCUGGAUGGUUAGCUAAUUUUGAUGCAGAUAUCACCAAUCUAAAUUCUCCAGGCUUGUUAAGGGGGUUGUCAAAAUACUGUAAAAUAAAAACUAAUCGUAGAAAAUAUAGUUCUCUUCAUGCUUACUACAAAGUCGGGUUAAGCUAGCUAAGCAGCAGAAACACUGCCAAACACAGCGUAAGCUCAGAAACUGCCUGUAGUUUUGCAUGUGGCAGUGAUUAGCAUCGAUUAGCAUCCACAUUAUUUUCCCCCAGUCUUCCCUCACCUAGUCCUGCCAUACUUUGCUGUGACUGACUAGAACUAACCCAAACCUAGUGGCACUGUCCGAAGCCUUGCCUUGUCCGACCUUUACGCUUCAAUGUGAUGAGUACUACGCAAUCACAGCCAAGUAGGGUUGGACUAUGUGAAACACAGGUUGUUAAAAACACGAAAAAAUAAAAACUCAGCCAAAAGAAUGAACAUUUAGUGAAAGAAAAAAGUUUUCUUCAUGCUUACUACAAAGUCGGGUAAAGGUUCAUUUAUACUCCCUUUGGAUUUGUCCGUUUAAAACAUAAACGUCACUGCCCUCAUACUUCCAGGCGUCUUUUAUGUUGGCAUAGAUACAGCCAAUAGAUGGCACUAGAGAGCGGAGUCAGAAGUACACAACAAAACAUAAGGUGACAGAGGAGGAGGUCGUAAUAUUGUACCUCUUAACGGAGGCAGUGCUGUAGACAGCAGUGGUCUUUGCAGCCAUUAUGAACAUGCCGACAUGUAGCGGAGAAUUCAAUUUUUCAAUUUUUAUCAAUUUUAUUUAUAAAGCCCAAUAUCACAAAUCACAAUUUGCCUCACAGGGCUUUACAGCAUACGACAUCCCUCUGUCCUUAUGACCCUCACAGCGGAUAAGGAAAAACUCCCCAAAAAAAACCCUUUAACGGGGAAAAAAAAACUGAAUUCUUUUCCCUAUAUUCCCCUAUUGUUCCACUCCUACAUUAUUUAUAUUUCUUUACUGUCUCCUUCACCUGUAUCUCGCUUGAACUACGCUACACUGCCUCCACGAUCUCCAGUGGUACUGCUCAGUUUCGUCCGUAUCUGUAAGCUUCCAGAAAGUGUGUACAAAUGCAGAUGAACUAAACUCUUAGAAUUGACAGAAGGCUCCAUCCGUCUUCAUCUCCAUCGUCGAGCAUAAAUGAGCCCUUAAGCUGGCUUAACAGCAAAAACACUGCCAAACACACCAUAAGCUAAGAUCACCAUCAGCUUUAUAUGAAACCAGCCUACAACAGUUAAACCGUUUCAUUCAGAUCAUUGUAAUAAGUUUGAGCACAGGUUGAUAUUGUCUACAAACAUUUGUGACCUCUUGUCACACUUUCACCAGCAUCAGACUGUCUGUACAGCUAUGACCAGUUACAAACCAGCUCAGACCAUCAACCAGUUCUACCCACAUGUUCCAAGCACAAUUGUUGUAUAAAUGUUUUUAGACUCUUGGUUUAUAAUGGACAUUAUUAUGAUGAAAUCAAGAUUUUGGAUAAUGCCGAUUGGCUAUGGUUAUUUAGCGUACAACAUGUUAACAUUUUAGCAUGCACACUGGACAGAAAUACUUAAACAGAGGUAGCAAUCCUCAUUAAACUACCAAAAGCAGUCUGGUCCUUUCAGACUAACAAAAAAGCCCAAGCAGUGAGUAGCAUAACUGAAAUUUGGUUUAAAUCUAGAUAACACAACUGGAUCUGUGUCUUUAAAUGAAUGUACACACGUAAGCCAUUAAGCAUUGCCUCUUAGUGGUCCUUUUUCCCCCAACAAUACUGAAUGAAGAUGAAAUUUCAUCACUUUAACUACCCAGGAAGAAAAUUGGUGUGAGGUGUUUGAAGGUGUCUUUUUACACCUGGAAAGGAUUUCAAAAUGUUCUCUCUCAAGCCAUAGUCCCCCACUGCAGAUUUUGGAAGGUUAAAAAGUGAGUCAUUGUGAACCAUCUUUUUUUUUUUUUUUUUUUUUUUUUUUUUAUUGUACAGUGUUCUCCUACUUUAGACUGCAAGCUAGUACACUGUGAAUGUGUGAAUCCAUUGUGUCCUUUGUCAUAGAGUUGAUCAGAUAGUUUGAUUGUGAAGAGAUGUAGCUGAUAGUGUGAGACAGAAUUUUCCAACGCCAACGUGCAGACGUCUAACAGCUGCAAACUGGAAAGACACAGUGCCUUUGAAUAAGAAAGUGGUGGCAUGCAUUCCAUUCCUCUCAGUGUCUGUCCAUUAAAAGUUUCACAUCUCCAUCUUCUUGCAGAUUUGCUUUUUCAUUUACUACAUUUCGCAGGUGUGAGUUACGCAGUGCUUUAAGAUUGUGUCUUAUAUUCAGAAUGGCUGAGUCAAUGUGUUCUGAUGUAUAUGAUGGGUCUUUUACACUGUCCUCAUUAAAGGAUGAUUCUGGUUUAUUACAGCAUGUUUCGCCAUCAUUUCUCAUUGCGAUAACACUGUACUCACCAAGUCAAUUUCUGAGAUCUACAAAAGUGGCAACAUCACUAAGAAGACAGCCUGUUCUCAUUCCAAGGUUAUAAUAUACCGACGCUCUGUCGCACCCUUUCACCGUGUGAUACUGACACCGAAGGCACCCUUUGGCGUCGCUAUUACCCCUUUUCCACCAACAUGGAACUGGUUCCGUUCUGGUUCCUGCACCUAGUCUUGAACUGUUGAGAGAAUUUUGAUCAAAACUCAAUUGAUUCAAAACCUGAAAAAGUUGGUUCCCAGCUGGAACCAAAAAAUAGCAAGUUUUCCUUGACCUAAAGUGUGAACCAUGACGAUAUAAGUGGGCAUGAAGGCAACAGUUCAUUGAGAAUUUUUCAAAGCCGGUCUAUGCUUGUUUUUGGGUAAAAACAAAUAUCUGUCCUAACAGAACAAAAGUUUGCAGGUAAUUAAUGUAAUCCACGAUUUUGCUGCUGUUGUUAACUUCCGUUAUGCAUUGUGCGACACCCUCCGUUGAUGACAUGUCCUUGAUGACAGUGGUUCCACUCGAAACUGGUGGUAACGCAGGCUGGUUCACAGGUUGGCACCAAGAUUCCUGGAACCAUGAAUGGAACCAGUUCAAGAAUCAGAGCAAACUUAAUGGAAAAGGGGUACAAUCUGAGACACACCGGGCUUUCAACUAACUCAGAGGUGACCCAUCUGGGGUUAUAUUUAAUGCUGCCAGCAACUAACAUAGUUUUAAGAGCAAGGAACUCUGCAUAUGGUGGGUGGUGAAUGGGUCAAACAAAUAAGGCGUUCACCCAGGACACCAAAAGUCAGUUGUUAUAAUGUAAUUUUACGUAAUUAGGUACAUCCAAUGUGAAGAGAGAAGUCAAUGUUUCAGUGUAGCAUUACGUCCAAUCCGGUCCCAUUCCGAAGUGAUCAAAUACCAUCACCUGGUGAUUCAUUUCUGCAUCAGACACCGACAAAAAACAGACAUCCUUUUGUGGCGGUAUAAUGUUGUCCAGCGUAAUAACCCCUCCGGACAGCAUCAGUUUGAAACGCCACCAGACAUCUAUAGUGUAGAUGACCUGGCAUCGUUAUCCUGCCAACAAUACCAAAUAUGUUGUAGGUAUUUGAUAACUUGGAAAUGAGAUGGGUUGGAAAAAAGUCCAGUGGAAACGCAAGCAGUCAUACCCAAACUAUUAGACCCAAUCCCAAACCAACAUUACCAACAUUUCAGGUGCAAUCACAUGGUUUAUAACCUGCCUGACUACAUGGUUUUCCCAUUCAAUGAACUAUGUUGGUAUAAUAAAUAGAAAUGAUGGCCAGUGUUGGAAAAAAAAAGAUCCAAGCUGUAAUAAACCAAAAUUCCUCUUCAAAGAAAACACCCCAUCCUUCAUAACUGGCAUCACAUGAUACAUUACAUAAGCAGAGGACACAAUGACACUUUGCUCAGGUCCCAUAAUCUCUAAAAUAUCUGAAAUUGUUGGAUUUGUGAGAAGCAAGCAUGCAAAAUAUAGUAGAAAUUAAUCUUAUCAUAUUUUUUUGAAAUGGAAAAGAUAGUGAAGGCUUCAUGUAUUGUAUUGAUCUUCUUUAAAGUGUUGUGAAACUUGUAACCCGUUCUCCAAACGUUUUAUUUUUGCUUCAAACAAAAACUGUUUUCGCUUCACAGAGCUCUGAAAUGUAAUUUUUAAAAAAGGGAGAGGUGUCCUAAGCAAGUUUUACUGUUUCUGCUGAAAUACAGUGUGAAAAUAUACAAACAACCAUGUGAGUUUUCUGUUUUGUCCACUAACAAGCUUGAAAAUGUUCUGGAAAAGUGCAAAUGUGUGACCAAUUUUUGUGCAAGUUUACACAAAAACUUUUUUCUGCUCCUGAAAUUCAUUGGUGGAGGACAUCGGGUGUGCCAGUCCCCCUUGUUCCAGUACCUCAGAGAUGCAAGAAUGACACAGAGGCAGCCUUGCAUUUUUCUCUUUGAGUUCCCCACUUGAUUCAGACAUCUAGCAGAUUUUUUCAUCUUGCUCAGUGUUUGCGAGGAGACAAAGCAACAUGAAUUUUUCACCGUUCGAAAAAGAGAAAAACAUCCUGCCAAGGUUCUCUGUCUCACAGUGAGAAUCACCGACACACAACUGCGCAACACCCAACUGCUUCAGACUCAGUCAGAGAGGACUAGAGCCUCCACUGCCCACAGCUGGUCACUGUCACUGAUCCAGAGCUCCCUGUUCGGCAGCUGUAAACAACAGCUCUCAUACUGUAGGUCAAGCAUUGGGAGGCUCCCACUCCUCUGUCUGUCUGUCUGUCUGUCUGUCUGUCUGUCUCUCCAUCUGUCCUCUGUCACCGGUGUAAAUACUGAGUACUAACUGAGGAAAGAAGGAAAACACAGUUUGACUUUGCAUUCUGCCAGAAAUUCUUGUGUUCAAUAAAGGUAAAGAAAAAACAAAAAA